UUCGGAACAUCUUCUGCGUUGUUCACUUGUGGUGAUCACCACGCCAGAAUGGCUUCUUUGCGAGUGUUUCUAAUCUUUGAAAUUAUUAUUGUGUUGUUUCCAAGUGAACUGAAUUUUCAAAUUCUAUUCGCGAGUCCUCAGAAUUAUUUCAACUUGACAUGUGAUCUAGCGGAUGGGAAAGAAGGUUAUUGUGUGGAUGCAUUUCUUUGCCGAGACAAUGUCAUCAACGUCGAUGGAGCUGGAAUCGUUGAUCUACGAUUUUCUGACGAUUGCGAAAAUUAUUUGCUGAAAUGUUGUUCAAUCGAAACGGCAUGUGAAGACAAUAAAGGAACAUGUGUUCCCGCUAACCGAUGUGAAGCCGAGUGGAACAGUCCCAAUUACAAGAUUUUCAGGGAAUCUGAUGAAUGUGAAUGGAAUGACUACAAAUGCUGUCCAAAUGAGAAAGUCAAAGAGCCCAGCAAUCCAGUAGCAGAAUGCGACGUGGAUUCCAUUUGUGUACCCGAUGCCGACUGUUUGGUCCAACCGGAUGGGAAUGGAUUGUUAGAAGCACGAAGUUCAAUUUGUAGUGGCACAGAAACAUGUUGCCCGCGGAGACAAAUCAGAAAGACAGUUACUAGCCCUUGCCAAGAGAUUGGUGGCCAAUGUGUUCCGCAGGGCCAGUGUUCAUCGGUUUUUUCUGUGGACAUUCGAAUUACAACUUGCGAUGAGCCAGGAUUCGAAUGCUGUAUGGAGUCUCCGGCAACAACUGCAAGUACACCAUUUUUAGGGAAAUCGUGUGUCCGCGGUAGCGGAAAAUGUGUCCCAAGGAAAGAAUGUAAAGGUACCGUAUACAGGGAUCGAGAUAAUGAGUGUGGCGGCUUAGUAUGCUGCGCUGGAGCAGUGGAACCCAGUGUGACUUCAACAACUACUAGUAGGCCUGUGACUUCCUGGAAGAGUUGUAUGAAUAAUAGUGGAAUGUGCACUCAAAGAAACCAGUGUAAAGGUACGGUAUACAAAGAUCGAUAUAAUGAAUGCGAAGGAUCAGUCUGCUGUGCAACUCUCACACCAGCAGUUAUAUUGCCUAUAGGGAAGUCCUGUUUUAACAACAAUGGAAAAUGUACAUUGAAGAAUGAGUGCGAAGGAGUUGUGUAUAGAGAUCGACAUAACGAAUGCGAGGGCUUAGUAUGUUGUGCAACUCAACGAACCACGGAUCCCACAACCCCACCCACAAUCCCCACUCCAACGACAACACGCAAACCGGUGACACUCGGGAAGUCUUGUCUAGAUAAUAGCGGAAAGUGUACUCAGAGAAAAGACUGCCAGGGCACGGUGUACAGAGAUCGUAAAAAUGAAUGCGAUGGAUUGGUAUGCUGUGCUACGGCAACAGAACCAGUCCGUACUUGUAAUUCAAUGAAAGGUACAUGCGUAGCUGACCAAAGUUGUUUGCGUAAAACUACUCAUCGUGCUGUAGACUGUUCAACGAAUACCGUUUGCUGUCUGGAAGUAGAAAUUGAAGUUAAAGAAUGUGGAUAUCGUAACGAAAAAGGCAUUAAGUUCAACACUAUCAAUCGUAAUGAUCGAGAAUCGCAAUACGGUGAAUUUCCUUGGAUGGUCGCUAUUAUGGUUAACGAAGCUGGUGUGUCAAAAUAUGUUUGUAGUGGAUCUCUGAUACAUCCAGGAGUAGUCCUUACAAGUGCAGAAUGCGUGAAAAAAUAUCGUCGGACCUCGGACGAUCUGACUAUUCGUGGUGGUGAAUGGGAUAUGGCUUCUACACUAGAACCUAUUCCUCAUCAAGAACGGCGAGUGAUGAAAAUUAUAAGCCACUCUGGUUUCCAGCCUCACACAUUGUUGAAUAAUGUGGCUCUCGUGUUCUUAGAUGAUGAAUUUAACCUAGGUUCGACAGUCAACACUAUAUGUUUGCCACCUCAGAACUUUCAAAUAGACAAUGGAGAAGUAACCGGCACUGGUUGGGGCAGUACUCCUCAAGAUCGCAAAAAAUAUCAACAGAUUCUCAAGAGUAUUGAUCUUCCAUAUACACCGAAAUCAGAUUGUGAACGUAAGCUACAAAAAGCUACAUCAAACAGAAGUUUUAAGCUUCAUCCUAGCUUCAUAUGCGCUGGGGGUGAGACGGGCGUAGAUACAUGUGCAGGGGAUGCAGGAGCUCCCAUAAUUUACUAUAUUCCCGAUGAUGUGGAGCUCAGGUACUAUGCUGUUGGAAUGGUAUCAUGGGGUGUUGGAUGUGGAAGAGCCGGUACACCAGCCGUAUAUACAGAUAUUGGUGUUUUCAAGGAAUGGAUAGAUAGAGAAAUGGAACAGGAAGGUUUAAGUACAAGCUAUUAUGAGUAUGUACCUGUAUAAAUAGGAUGGAAAAAAAAAUAAAUGUUUAAUUUGCUUUAAUAUAAUUCAUAUAUGGAUUUGUUGGAAUGGUAGGAAGACGUUCGGAAUCCCACAGCGAAGCUCACUAUUACGGUUGCUUCGAGCUGUAAUUCAUAAUAUUUCUUUUCAAAUUCAACUUUUACUUAUAGCCCAAUUUUAGUCUGUAUUGUCGCUGUCCAACUUAACUUGGCAAUAGAGUUUGAAUGUUCGAUAAUUUUAAACAUUUUAGCUUUCAAAAUGUUUCGUUCUACGUUCUGUCACUAACUGUUUAUCUUUGUUUAGUGAUGAUACAUGACCAAUGAGAUUGAUGGUACUUGAAAAUAUUAUGGCAGAAUAGAUACGCUAGA